CCACCUCAGCAUGUAACAAAAACAGUAGAUGAGCAGGGUUUGCUGUCCAGUCUUACCACCACCACGACCACCAAGACCGCGCACCAGCCCGACCUACACGCAUAGGGACUAAGGAUGGAAACUUUCAAGAUGAAGAGCAUUCUGAAGGUGUCUAAGCUUAACUCCCAGCUGAAGUUGGAGAGCUCUACCCAGAGUCAAUCCAUUGGGGCGGUGCGCUGGAAUCUUCCUGAAGAGGACCUCCAGGCCCACAGCUCAGCCCCUACCAGCCCCCGCAAGAGCAGUGCCCCCUCCACACAUCGCUCAUCGCAACACCCUCAUCAGCAUGGCAUGAAGAACCUGCGCAGUCUACAGGAAUGUGUCCGCUUCAUCAACCACUGGAAGGAGCAGGUGGCCCAAGUCUGCAAGAGUGGCAGUGAUGCGGSGAAGGGCACCAGUAAAGRAGAGACCCCUGUGGAACUGAAAACAGAACACAGUCUGGAAGAGAGCAGGAAACUCAUUGUGCUGUGGGCCAAUGAGCUCAACAGCGUCGACAAGCUGGCGAAGGCUAGGCCCUGGGUGCAGGAGAGAUGUGAGGAGGAGGAGGAAGAAGAAAACAAGGAUGGCGAGRAGGACCCCGAUGAGGAAGUGCAGCAGAGGAUCAUGGAGUGGGCCAAGGAGCUGCAGAGCGCCUCAGAGAGUUGUGGGGUGCAGAGCAAUGAGCUAGGCAAUGUUCUGCGUCUGCUGGGUCUGAGGAAGAAGAGACUGAUCAACCUCCUGCCCUUACUGGAGUUCAUUACUUGGUCACUGCUCAAAGAGGACUGCAAGGGUGGCAUUUCUCCGCUGUGGCUGUCAGCAAAGCAGYGCACCUGGAAGGCAGGCACUCCAAGAUACAUCCCUAACUCAGUGUGGAACUGGAUGAUCAGUGCAUCAGCCGAUGUGACCUUUGACCCCAUGACCAACCACCUGUGGCUCCAGCUCUCAGAUGACCACCGCAAGGUCCAGGAGGGCAUAUCUGAGUCCAAUCUGCCCUUCAGUCCCCAGCGCUUCGACRCCUGGCCUGGCGUGCUGGGCUGGGAGGGAUACGCCUCCGGACGGCACUACUGGGAAGUCGACAUAGCCAACAACGGCUACUGGCGGGUUGGCCUGACCACGGCGAGUGCCAAACGCCAGGGCCGCUUCCCCAUGAGCCCCCAGACGGGCUACUGGACCCUGUGGCGCAGCAUGCACCAGUUCUACGCCUGUACCAAGCCUGAGACGCCCCUGCCCCUGGGUCUGGUGGCCCGCCGGAUGGGGAUCUAUCUAGACUACGAGGAAGGACAGAUCUCCUUCUACAACGCAGAGACCAAGACCCACAUCUAUACAUUCACAGGCAAGUUCAAGGAGAAGCUGUACCCGGUGUUUGCCCCGCUGGACGGACGCGCACUCAUCACCAUCAUCUCGCCACACAAGGUCUCUACACUUUGAAGACAUCAUGGGUCUUUGGUUAAGAGAUUCUCCCCAACAUAAGCUGACUACAGACCUGGUUUUCCUUUGCCUUUCAAUCACUGGCUUAUUUGGACUUGGAAAACCAGGUGUGUGGAGUGGACUCUGGUUAAUCAAUAAUAUUCAUUGAUCAAUGAAGUACCAAGAAUAAGAGAAAACCAUUGGAGAAGAGUUUGAGCAGUUGACACUUUGACCUGCAAAGCCUUGGGUUGAGCUUGGGUUUGCCCUGUUUCGACAACAGUUGGCUUAGACACUUCUGUAUGGAUCUUAGGAGCUGUAUGGGAAGAAACAAAUAGGAAACUUCAUACCCUAAAAUAAAACAAAUGAAUUUGACAA